AUGAAUCGCAAUUUUACUUUGCUAUUCAUUUUACUGGCAACACUUUCAAUGGUCAAUGCUAUUCCGCAUCAACUCUACAAAAGAGGUAUUAACUGGGGACCAUGUCCUCCUCUACCGAACGCAGAAUCAUUCUCACGCCUGGAAAUUUUUGCUGAUAGUAGUGUUGCCUACAGUGGGUAUGGUGGGGACCCUUGUGGAGCUCAGGCAUUGAAUUGUCCAGUUAACCCUGGAACUUACUUCAUGACGCACGCAUCAAUGAACGUACCAUCCAAUUUACCUGAUUACAUUCCUUAUCGUGAUUUUAAUGUCCGAUCACAAUAA